GUCUAUGGUUACUGCGCUCUCUGUUUGUGCGCGUGGGGUCAGCUGCGGUGCGGUGUGUGUGUGCAGUGUUAUUGUUUGUCGCAAAGUGAGUCCAAAUGAUCUCGACAAAAAUAAACAAAUUGUAUCAAUUAAAACGAUGAAAAGAAACCAAAAUCAUAUUACCUGAAUUAUGCCUUUAAUCAUACAUGCAGAAACAAUAUGUGAAACAAAUUCAAUGCUGAAUAUUUUGUUUUUAAAUCGAGGGAAACUGUGAUAUUAUUAAGUGUUAAUUAAAAGUUUAUAAAAUUAAGUUUAUAUAAAAAUGACUGUGACGUACACAGGAGAAGUGGCAACAUGUCGAGGUUUUGGAACAUUUUUGAAACUUUUAUAUCGAUGGCGAGGAAGCAUUUACAAAUUAGUAUGGCUGGAUUUAAUGAUGUUUUUACUUUUAUAUUAUAUAUUAAAUAUAACGUAUCGACUGCUGUUAGAUGAAACUGCUAAGAGAACAUUCGAGGGCGUGGUGAACUACUGCAGUUUCCAUGGCAACGUGAUCCCGCUCUCCUUCGUGCUGGGUUUCUACGUGACGGUGGUGAUGAACCGCUGGUGGAGCCAGUACACGUCCAUACCCUGGCCUGAUUCUAUCGCCGUCUUCGUGUCCGCCACUAUACAUGGACAGGACGAACGAGGCCGGCUGAUGAGACGGACGAUAGUGCGCUACGUCUGUCUCUGUCUCACCAUGGUGCUCACUAUGAUCUCACCGAGGGUCAAGAAGAGGUUCCCCACUCUCGACAACUUCGUGGAGUCCGGUCUCUUGCUGGACAAUGAGAAGGAGAUUUUGGAUAACCUCAAUGCCAAGUUUCCAAAGCCGUCCAAACAUUGGUUACCAAUAGUGUGGGCAACCAGCAUAGUGACACGAGCCCGCAAGGAGGGUCGCAUAAGAGAUGACUUUGCGGUCAAGACUAUAAUAGACGAGUUGAACAAAUUCCGGGGCCAGGCCGGCCUCUUGCUUAGCUAUGAUAAUAUAAGCGUGCCUCUUGUAUAUACUCAGGUAGUUACUAUAGCAGUAUAUUCCUACUUCAUAACUUCCGCUUUGGGCAGUCAAUGGGUAGAGAACAAGCUGAACUCUGCAAACAGUGAAAGUAUCAGCAAUAUAGACCUCUACUUUCCCAUAUUCAGUACGCUAGAGUUUUUCUUCUACAUGGGAUGGCUUAAAGUGGCCGAAUCUCUGAUCAACCCCUUCGGUGAAGACGACGACGACUUUGAAGUCAAUUGGCUUAUUGACAGGGAUCUUCAGGUAUCCUACAUGAUAGUAGACGAGAUGCACCACGAGCACCCAGAGUUAGUGCGAGACCAGUACUGGGACGAGAUGUGCCCAGCCGAGUUGCCCUACACCAUCGCCACUGAGAACCAACGAGAAGACCAUCCAGAACCUUCCACUGCCAAAAUAGCCGUCCCGCCGCGCCAACGGAGCAUGGUCACUGUUAACCCUUCAUCGGUCAAAAUGGAUGAGAUGAUAGCUCCGUCGAACACCGUGAGUUAUAAGUUCGCCCCGGCCGAGCAACUACAAAUGAACGAUGACGCCGUUUCCGGUAUCCAUUUCAUCGUGUCGCGCGGCAGUAAGCGCGGGAAACGCGACGAACGGAACUCUAUGGGCUCCGCAAACUCUAUGGUCUCUCUCGGCAACCAACCUCCUUCGAUCACGAGGAAUAACUCCGUGACCUCCGUACUAAAGAGGUUGUUCUCGAAGGAUGAUCAGAAUAAGCAAACGCCUCCGGCCAACACGACUGAUGGUGUGUCAAGGUUCACAAUAUCGGCGAGCAAUGUAAGCCUGAACAAGCCAGCGGCCGCCGCGGCUGGCAGUAUGAAGAUCGCUAAUGAAGUUAUUGAGGAAGUCGACGAACAAGCCACCAUCACUAGCAUGGCCAUGCGACAGGACAUUAGGCCCACCGCGAUGAGUUUGUUCGCGCAAGGACCGCACAAGCCCAGUGACCCAGUGAACGUACCUUCUAGAAACUCCAACCACACAUCAAACAUCCACAACACAGUGCUAUCAUCAUCAGCGCCGUCGCGUUGGGCGGAGGGCCACACCCCCAGCCCCGGCGCGGCGGAGGCCAUGUCGCUGCGGACGCAGAGCUCGUUCCCCAACAUGGAGCCGCGCCCGCGCCUCGACAGCGACGUCGGGCCCUCGCUCAGUGCCGCUGGGAGCCAGACUAUUUUGGACGAAGUGGACGGCGGCGACGACGACACCGAGGACAUGGACGACUUCGACCGGCUGCGCAGCGUCCGCGAGCAGCACCGCCGCGAGAAGUAUCUGCAAAAACUCAUGGCGCGCUCCAUCAGUGCGCAACAGCCUACUUCAGGCAGCGGGGAGUUGUUAGAUAAUGACUUGCUGCUAGAAGAACUCAUAGCCCAGUCCAUUGCACAGAGGAAAGAAGAACAGAAGUCUAAGGAAGACAUCACACAAGACACUACACGAUAAAACAAAAAGACAUUUUGUAAAGACAACUUAGAAUAUAAGCACAAAAGAUUCAGUAUUAACGCAUUUUGUGAUCAAAUUUGUACAUUGAUAAGUACAGCUAAGAAAUCAGAGAUCAUGAAGAUUUGAUGUAUUUUUUACUUAUACAGUGACUAGAGACCAUGCUGAUAAUUUAUUUUUAAACGCUAGUUAGAAAUACAGGAAUUUACAAUCAA